AUGCUCCGAAAGCUUUCACUUCCAGCUCAUCUCCUACUUGCUCUAUGUAUAUACGCAUUUCUUUUCUUCUGUCUUCGUGAGGAUCCUCGAGUUUCCACCACAACUAGUUCAGAAACUCUGAAGGCACUUUCAGUUGAUAUUGACACUUAUGCAUUUCGUGCAGAGCGCUUCAAUGCUUACGCAGUGAGCGAACGGUUUCGUUCUGGGCCUGGUGAGCUAGGACGUGGGGUUGAUGCACGCAUCUCUGAUGAAGAAAUGAAGCGUGUCAACGAUGCAGAUGGGUACAACAGCCAUGCCUGCAAGUGCCUUGCCGUUAUCUAUCCUGAUAAGCUUCCCACUGCGAGCGUCAUAUUAAUAUUUUUUAACGAACCUUUUCGAUUAAUUAUUCGAACAGUAUUUUCAGUAGUGAACCGAAGUCCACCGGCAUUGUUGAAAGAAGUCAUACUUUUGGAUGAUGGAAGUACCCAAAGCGAUUUGCUUGAUAAUUUAGACAAAUUUGUCGCGAAUACCUGGCCAGAUGGGAUUGUACGAAUAGUUCGGCUUCCCCAGCGCACAGGUUUGAUUAGGGCCCGUCUUGAAGGUGCCAAGGCCGCGACAGCUGACGUCAUUAUUUUCCUUGACGCCCAUUGUGAAGCGACUUAUCGUUGGUUGGAACCCCUGUUGUAUCGAAUCUGGCAGAAACCUGACGCAGUUGUUUGCCCCGCUAUAGCAAAUAUAGACCGAUUUACGCUCAAAAUCUUCCGAACUGAUGUUCGAUACACUGAAGAUGGUUGGCUCAGCCUCCGCGUGGGCUCUUUCGCCUGGGAUGGGAUGUUCGUUUUUGAGCAUCCACCUCGCAGUUCUGUGGUCAAGCGACAAAGUAACGUUGACACUAUUGAAUCCCUCACAAUGCCCGGUGGCCUUUUUGCCAUACACCGGGACUACUUUUUCAAGCUGGGUGGUUAUGACGACGGAAUGGAGAUUUGGGGUGGUGAGAACUUGGAGUUGUCCUUCCGUAUUUGGCAGUGCGGUGGCUCCCUUGAAUUUUCUCCCUGCUCAACCGUUGGGCAUGUUUAUCGUGCUAUCCACCCAUAUUCAUUUCCCAGCAAAAAGGACUACAACGGAUACAACACUGCUCGAAUGGCUGAAGUGUGGAUGGAUAUGUACAAGGAGAAUUUCUAUCUGGCUCGUGGUGAUAUCAAAAACAUGGAUUAUGGUGAUGUGUCCAAACGAAAAAAACUUCGGAAUGAUCUGGGUUGCAGGAAUUUCCAGUGGUUUCUUGACAACAUUGCUCCUCACAAAUUUGUCUACUCCAGAAAUCGACUCGGAUAUGGAAGCUGCUGCAACGCUGAGAACCACUGUCUGCUGCGGGGUAAUGAUGGCAGCGAGUAUCGGAAGCAGCAAAUAAGCCUGCUGGUCACCCCGUCGCGUGUGACAGUGCACACGUGGGCAAACCUCUUCGCACUGACAGAGACAGGUCUACUGCGCAAAGACUGGAACUGCGUGCGCGUACGGCGGGCAGGCGGACCGAUAGCCUCCCUCUGGGUCUUCAGUGAACCCACCACCGAUCUCGAGAUCUGCCCUCCAGAGGAGCUAGAGGCUCCAUGGGAACGCGAGUGGUGGCGUGAUUGGAUCGCUGAGCAGAUGGAACGCAUUGAGCACCUUCAGGCAAAGCAUCCUGAGCAGGGCUUUCAGGCUGUUUCCACUACCAGCCAACGAAACGCCCAUUUUCGAUGGAUUUUUGAUAAGGCUCACGGAAAGCUGAUCAACGCCCAGACGGGUUACUGCCUGGACGUCGUUGACGGGCAACGACCGGUCCCAAGACCCUGUCUUGACAGCGCGCCCUCGCAGACUUGGCAUUUCAGUCACCACGGCUAG